AGCCAUUGUGCGUCGAUGGCGACAAUGUUAUCCGGUGAUCUCUAGAUCUACAGUACACAAGCUGCCCGUGUCUGGUAAGCAACGAUCCCAGCAGAGUGACUCAUCGACCGCGUUGUCAGCAACAGCACCACAAACUGAAGACCUCACCGCCAGAAUCCUAGAGAUUCAUCCUGUGCAUUCACGUACGUCGCUGAGAGCGAGCCUGUUCUUUUUAGGCCGCAGAUUGAGGUGGACGGCUCUAACUUACUGGUGAGCCAGUUGCCAGCUCGCAUUUCCCUCGAUUUUGAGCCAAGGCAAUCAACGAGCAUCCGACGUCUCCAUUUGUCAUUCCCCGUUCAAUUUUGGCGUAUCGAGCAUUGUUGAGCUCUACCGACUGCAAGAUUUCUCAUUUUUCCAUUGCUACUGCACAUCUUGAAUAUGUCUCGACAGUCUCUCAACGACGAAGUUAUGGCAGAGACCGUCAAGCUUGUCAGCUCUGACGGUUUCGAGUUUGUCAUCGAUCGGAAAUGCGCUAUGGCGUCAGGGACCAUCAAAAACAUGCUUUCCAGUCCAGGCCAAUUCACCGAGUCCGUUCAAAACACGGUCAACUUUCGUGACAUCAAGGCCGUCAUAUUGGAGAAGGUCUGCAAGUAUCUUUAUUACAAAGUCCGAUACACAAACAGCACGUCAGAAAUCCCAGACUUUGUCAUUGAACCGGAGAUUGCAUUAGAACUUUUGAUGGCUGCGGAUUUCUUGGAUUGUUAGUUAGAUUUGUGUUGGCAGUCACCACCUUGCCAAAACUAUACCCGAGACUAUGUACAUAGGUAUUCUGCAAUAAAUGGAAGAACGUAGGGUUUCGUUGACGUCAAAGCCGUUGGAAGCACGCUGGCUGGUGAGACAUUUGGC